UUGAUUGGUUAGUUACUCUACCGACAAUUGCAGCCAUUUGCCAUUACUUCUUUCUUCGAUCCUCUCUACCAGUUUCCAACUCAUCCUUCGUUGACUGUUGUCUCCGCCAUGGCUUGGCCGCGCUCUUCCAUCCUCUAUUACUCGUUGAUUCUGUUAAUCAUUCAAGGCUUCGUUUCUUCAGCUCUCGAUUUCGACAAUCAGAGGCUCCCGGUGAUAAUUCCCCUCCAUCUCUCAACCCCUAACGUUUCCUCUCAUCGUAAAGUAUUCAGCAGCGACUAUAACAGGCGGCAACUCCAAAAUUCUGACCUCCCCAACGCUCGUAUGCGCCUCUACGACGAUCUCCUCUCUAACGGUUACUAUACUACGAGGCUAUUUAUUGGGACACCUCCACAGGAAUUCGCUCUUAUUGUGGAUACAGGCAGUACUGUAACAUAUGUUCCGUGCUCUACAUGUGAACAAUGCGGCAAGCAUCAGGAUCCAAGGUUCCAACCAGAGGCAUCUAGCACCUACAAACCUAUAAAGUGCAAUCCCAGUUGUAACUGUGAUGACGAGGGAAAGCAAUGCACUUAUGAGAGACGGUAUGCUGAGAUGAGUUCUAGCAGUGGUGUGCUUGCUGAGGAUGUUAUUUCUUUUGGAAAUGAAAGUGAGCUCACACCUAAGCACGCUGUUUUUGGCUGUGAAAAUGUCGAAACUGGUGACCUUUUGAGCCAACGUGCUGAUGGAAUAAUGGGGUUGGGUCGUGGUCGGCUCAGUGUUGUAGACCAGCUUGUUGAAAAGGAUGUUAUUAGUGACUCAUUUUCUUUAUGUUAUGGUGGGAUGGAUGUGGGCGGUGGGGCAAUGGUUCUUGGUAGGAUUUCUCCACCCCCUGAUAUGGUUUUUACCCAAUCAGACCCUUACCGUAGUCCAUAUUACAAUAUUAAGCUGAAGGAACUACUUGUGGCUGGGAAGCGAUUGAAGCUAAACCCAGGAGUCUUUGAUGGAAAGCAUGGAACAGUUUUGGACAGUGGAACUACAUAUGCGUACCUUCCAGAAGAAGCUUUUCUUGCAUUCAAGCAUGCUAUUAUGAAGGAAGUCCAAUUCCUUAAACAGAUCCAUGGCCCUGAUCCAAAUUACAAUGAUAUUUGUUUUGCUGGUGCUGGAAGGGAUGUUUCUCAACUGCCAAAAGCUUUUCCUGAGGUUAAUAUGGUAUUCAGCAAUGGUCAAAGGUUGUCCCUGUCCCCAGAGAACUACCUUUUCCGGCAUACAAAGGUUAGCGGUGCAUAUUGCUUGGGAAUUUUCCAGAAUGGGAAUGAUCAAACUACUCUGUUAGGAGGAAUUAUAGUACGGAAUACUCUUGUGACUUAUGAUCGGGAGAGUGAUAAGAUCGGUUUUUGGAAAACUAAUUGUUCUGAACUAUGGAAGAGACUUAAAGUUUCUGGUGUGCCUGUGCCUGCACAUGUAGUUUCCCCUAGUGGUAACAGAAGUGAAGGAAUGCCUCCUGCUCAAGCUCCAAGCAGAUUGCCUUCAGAUUUCGUUCCAGGCGAAGUUCGAAUUGGAAUUAUAACAUUUGAUAUGUUGAUUAGUGUCAACAACUCUUACAUAAAGCCCAACUUAUCUGAAAUAGCGGAUUUCAUUGCCCUUGAGUUGGAAGUUGCUAAUUUGCAGGUUCGUAUGUUGAAUUUCUCCUCAGAAGGAAAUAAUUACCGUGUUAGAUGGGGCAUCUUUGCUGCUGAAUCUGCUGAUUACAUUUCUAAUACCACUGCAAUGAACAUAAUUCUGCAGUUAAGGGAUCAUCGACUGCAGUUUCCUGAGAAAUUUGGGAGCUACCAAUUGUUGGAAUGGAAGAUUGAGCCUCAAAGAAAGCUGACAUGGUGGCAGAAACACUUCGUAGUAGUGGCAAUUGGAGUUUUGUCAGCCCUGCUUGUUUGUUUAUCAGGUAUUGGCAUAUGGAUGGUAUGGAGACAUAGACAACGAGCACUUGGUACGUAUGAGCGUGUUGGUGUUGUUCCUGAACGAGAGCUUCAGCCAUUGUGAUCUCAAAAGUUUUCAUCUGGGGCUGGAUGGUUCUAGCGUGCAUUUAUACACUAAUUAAUUCUACUGGCUGAUAAUUUUGGGGUGAUAAAAUUUGCUGUUCCUCUGUUGUAAAAUGCAUAGAAUGAAAGGAAAAGGAAAAUAAGAAAAAUAGAUUGAUUAGAUACUCAUUGUUCUAGAUGUUCUGAAUGUGGAUGCGUGUAUCAUGGGCAUGAUAAUGGAACAUUUACCUAAAGAAAUGCAAGAUGUAUCCUUUUUUGUUGAA